AUGCCUCAGCGUCCCAGGAUGAGGGACAGGCUCAAGAGUAUCUUGCCUAAGAGAUCUCGGCCUGUGUCACCAAGUCCGCCAGUGGGCUCUGUAUCGUCUUCACACAUCUCUGUGCAAUCAUCUACACCUACCGCCACUUCGCCAGGCUCUCUUCAGGUCGUACAAUCAAGCUCUCUUCAGACAUCAAUGCAAUCAAAUACAGCGGCCUCGGCGUUCAACUCCACUAUAUCUCCUGAUCCUCUGACACUACAGCAAGUAACAUCUAGUGCUCCAAAUACGUUCCUACCAGCUACAACUUCCAAUUCUCCGGCCAAUCCUGCUUUCCUCGCCGCGAUGGAAAAGCAUAUUGAUAAAUUACCGGAAGUGGAAAAGGAAGCGUUUCGUCAAGCACAUACCAACAUCUCUCUGGGUAGCCUUCUGGAGAAAGUCAGAUCACUGGACAAGCAGCAUGCUUCGGUCUCGUCCUUCCGUCCCUACGCGGAGAAGAUCUCUAAGUUCUUGGGUGUGCUGGACCGUUUGCUUGGAGGCAUAUCCGUCGCAAUCCAGGCGAAUCCUGACAUCUCAUCUAUCGCUGUCGGCGGCGUAAAGCUCAUAGUAGAUAUUGCUAUGGGAUUCACCAAGUUCUUCGGCCAGCUAGUAGACAUGUUUGAUCGUCUCAGCGACGUUAUCACUCCACUAGAGCGCUACGCUGAGCGCCUCGACCUCUCGAUCGUGAGAGCCGCUCUAGUCAACGUCUAUGGUGAUGUUCUGGACUUUUAUAGAGCCUCCAGUGCCUUAUUCAUGGAUAAAGAUGGCCGUUCAAAAGCACAUGUCACUUUCGACAUGUUUCUUCACUCCCAAUGGAAGCCUUUCGAGACAGAGUUCGGUGAGAUCAAUAGUCGAAUGGAUCACCAUCGUCGUGUUCUUCUGGAAGCUGCACAAGCAGAGUUGCUAUGUGCGGAAGGCGAGAAGAAGCAACGAGAAGAGCAAAAGCGUGCCGAUGACAAGCGGCGAGAAGAAUGA